AUCUUUCAAAGAACCGAUUCACUGAAAUCCCUCCUGAUGUCUGGCUGUUUGCACCACUGGAAACUUUAAAUUUGUAUCACAACUGCAUCAAAUCCAUUCCAGAAUCUAUUAAAAACCUGCAAAUGCUUACCUACCUUAACAUUAGUCGAAAUCUUUUAUCGACGUUGCCAAAAUACCUGUUUGAUCUUCCCCUGAAAGUUCUGGUUGUCAGUAACAAUAAACUGGUCUCCAUUCCAGAAGAAAUUGGAAAGUUGAGAGAUCUCAUGGAGUUGGAUAUUAGCUGCAAUGAGCUGCAGGUUCUUCCCCAGCAGAUAGGAAAACUGCAGUCACUUAGAGAAUUAAACAUAAGAAGAAAUAAUCUCCAUAUGUUGCCAGAUGAAUUAGGAGACCUUCCCUUGGUAAAGCUGGAUUUUUCUUGUAAUAAAAUUACAGAAAUCCCAAUUUGUUACAGAAAGUUACGGCACUUACAAGUUAUAGUUUUGGAUAACAAUCCAAUGCAGAUACCACCAGCACAGAUCUGUUUAAAGGGUAAAGUACAUAUAUUUAAAUUCCUCAGCAUCCAGGCGUGCCUCAGAAUAGAUAAAAAACCAGAUUCUUUGGAUCUUCCAUCAUUAGGUAAACGAAUCCCCUCCCAGCCACUGACAGACAGCAUGGAGGACUUUUAUCCCAAUAAAAAUCAUGGACCAGACUCUGGCAUUGGGAGUGACAAUGGGGAUAAACGGUUGUCCACAACAGAACCAUCAGAUGAUGAUACAAUCAGCCUCCACUCCCAGGUAUCAGAAUCAACGAGGGAACAGACAUUAAGGAAUGACAAUCAUGUAAUGGGAAGUAAACUCGAUCCACAGAAAGACCAGGAGGUGUACGACUACAUUGAUCCGAACACUGAAGAGGGAGCUAUUCCUGAGCAAGGAGAUGUACACACUGGACCACUGCUGUCUUAUAUCAAGGAGCGGGGAAAAAAGCCUGAGAAAUCCCAGAAAAUAGAACAGAAUGAGGACUGGGGUGAUGAGAAAAGACUGCAGAAAGAACAGCUGCUGGCUGAAGAUGAUGAUGAACUCAAAGAAGUGACUGACUUGAGAAAAAUAGCAGCUCAGUUACUGCAGCAAGAACAAAAACACAGGCUUCUAAAUCAUUCAGUUUCAGUAAGCACAAGGAACAGGCCAAAGCAGCCAGUGGAAUCUGAAAAAUGUGUCUCAACAGAUGAAGUGAAUUCCCCAGUGUCCCCGUACAGCUGGCAGCCCCUGGAAAACCAGAAGGAUUCAGUGGAUGAGCAGCACUGGCCAGAAACCCAGCCAGUGAUCUGGCAGAAUGAAGAGAGAAGGAGAAGUAAACAAAUCAGGAAGGAGUAUUUCAAGUAUAAGUCUUCCAGAAAGAGUUCAAGUGGAAAUGAAAAUGAUGAGCAAGACAGUGAUAAUACUAAUGUGUCCCCACAGUCUCCUGUGUCGUCUGAGGAUUAUGAAAGGACAGAUAGUAACACUCACGGUCCAUUUGGUCUCAAACCAAGGUCAGCUUUCAGUCGUGCAUCACGCCAGGACUAUGGAGCUGUGGAUCCUGGAUUUACAAUGAGGAGGAAAAUGGAGCAUUUAAGGGAAGAAAGGGAACAAAUAAGACAGCUUCGCAAUAAUCUUGAAUCCAGGUUAAAAGUAAUCUUGCCAGAUGAUAUCGGAGCAGCAUUGAUGGAUGGAGUAGUUCUUUGCCAUUUAGCCAACCACAUAAGGCCACGUUCUGUUGCCAGCAUCCACGUACCAUCGCCAGCAGUGCCUAAACUCAGUAUGGCAAAGUGCCGAAGAAAUGUUGAGAACUUUCUUGAUGCUUGUAAAAAGCUGGGCGUAUCACAGGAGAGACUUUGCUUGCCUCAUCACAUCCUGGAGGAAAGGGGGCUGGUGAAGGUUGGCCUCACAGUUCAAGCUCUGCUUGAAUUGCCUACACUGAAAGUACCUCAGCUUUCCUCCAUGUGA